GAAGCAGUGACCAGUGGAGUUCAACCACGUCUGUUGUGAGGUAGUAACUCACUGAAGGCAAUGGUGAACAGUGGCUUAAUUUCGUGGAUUAGUUGAAUUAAGACAUUAACACCAUUGGAUGCCGGCUAUCUCAGUGAUCUAAUGGUUAAGCGGUCGCGUGUGAGACUGAUAGAUCUUGUGUUCCAAUCUCGUGGGGCAGGAUCAUGGAUGAGCACUACUGAGAAGUCCCACAAAACAGUCGUCCAGUGCUUCUAGAUUUUCUAUAGUGGUCUAGCUUCAUGAUUUCCCCUAUGAAUAUAAUAAAGUUUAUUUCCUUAGUAAAAUUAAUGUCAAAUUUUGGCAUUCCAUAUUUCACUUAGCAACAACAAUAACAAUAACAAAAAAAAAAGAAAUCUAUAAUAUUUAUUAGUUUACCUAUUUUUCAUGAACAAUUACAUGAUUGGGUUAACCAUAAAUGAAGUGCGGUCAUACUUCAAUCAUUCCAAGGUUAUUUCUAUGAUAGUCAUAUAAUAAGAAAACUAUUUUACUUUCAUAGAUCUUUAUUAGUAUAAUAUUGCCAUACUACUGUUUAAGCCCAGGUUCAAGUACAGAUACAGGGAAAAAGUAGUGAUAUUCGAAACCUUGCUUACUUUCACUUUAUAAAUGACCAUAUAUGGCAAUUUUUUAAAGAUAUAACCUUAGUUACAAGUAUCAUACACACUACAUAGCAAAGGAAUGUGCUAAUGUUAGAAAUAGUAUAAAUAUGUACACACUUCUUGCAUGUACACACACACACUCUCUCUCUCUCUCUCUCUCUCUCACACACACACACACACAAAGGCACCAAAGUUAUUAAUAAUAAAAGACAGAAAUAUAAUGUGUGCUAUUUGUGCUGGAAUUGGAAAACAAGAAUUAUUAAAACGUCGUGAAAUGGAAAUCAAUAAACUACGUAAAGAUUUAGAAAAUGCUAAUGCAUCACUUGAAUUAGCUGAAACUUCAAUGAGACGUCGACAUCAAACAGCAUUGAAUGAAUUAGCUUUGGAAGUUGAAAAUUUACAAAAACAAAAAGGAAAGGCUGAAAAAGAUAAAAGUCACUUGAUUAUGGAAGUGGAUAAUGUUCUAGGACAAUUAGAUGGUGCAUUAAAAGCUAAGCAAUCAGCUGAAUCCAAAUUAGAAGGUUUAGAUAGUCAAUUAAAUCGUUUAAAAUCAUUAAGUGAUGAUUUACAAAGACAAUUAACUGAAUUAAAUAAUGCUAAAUCAAGAUUAACAUCAGAAAAUUUUGAAUUAUUACAUAUAAAUCAAGAUUAUGAAGCACAAAUAUUAAAUUAUUCUAAAGCUAAAUCAUCACUUGAAAGUCAAGUAGAUGAUUUAAAACGAUCAUUAGAUGAUGAAGCUAAAAAUCGUUUCAAUCUUCAAGCUCAACUUACAUCACUUCAAAUGGAUUAUGAUAAUUUACAAGCUAAAUAUGAUGAAGAAAGUGAAGAAGCUAGUAAUUUACGUAGUCAAGUAUCUAAAUUUAAUGCUGAUAUUGCUGCAUUAAAAUCUAAAUUUGAACGUGAACUUAUGAGUAAAACAGAAGAAUUCGAAGAAAUGAAGAGAAAAUUCACUAUGAGAAUUACAGAACUUGAAGAUACUGCUGAAAGAGAACGAUUAAAGGCGGUAUCAUUAGAAAAACUUAAAACAAAAUUAACAUUAGAAAUUAAAGAUUUACAAUCUGAAAUAGAAAGUCUUUCAUUAGAAAAUGGUGAAUUAAUUCGUCGUGCUAAAGCUGCUGAAUCAUUAGCUACUGAUUUACAACGUCGUGUUGAUGAACUUACAAUUGAAGUGAAUACAUUAACAUCACAUAAUAGUCAAUUAGAAAGUGAAAAUCUUCGUUUGAGAAGUUUAGUUAAUGAUUUAACAGAUAAAAAUAAUUUAUUAGAACGUGAAAAUCGUCAAAUGAAUGAUCAAGUCAAAGAAUUAAAAAGUUCACUUCGUGAUGCUAAUCGUCGUCUUACUGAUUUAGAAGCAUUAAGAUCUCAAUUAGAAGCUGAACGAGAUAAUCUUGCAUCAGCUUUGCAUGAUGCUGAAGAAGCAUUACAUGAUAUGGAUCAAAAGUAUCAAGCAUCACAAGCUGCAUUAAAUCAUUUGAAAUCUGAAAUGGAACAAAGGCUUAGAGAAAGAGAUGAAGAAUUAGAAAGUUUAAGAAAAAGUACUACUAGAACAAUUGAAGAAUUAACUGUUACAAUUACUGAAAUGGAAGUUAAAUAUAAAUCAGAAUUAUCACGUUUAAAAAAACGUUAUGAAUCAAAUAUUGCUGAUUUAGAAAUUCAACUUGAUACAGCUAAUAAAGCAAAUGCAAAUCUUAUGAAAGAAAAUAAAAAUUUAUCACAACGUGUUAAAGAUUUAGAAACAUUUUUAGAUGAAGAACGUCGUCUUCGUGAAGCAGCUGAAAAUAAUUUACAAAUUACUGAACAUAAACGUUUACAAUUAGCUAAUGAAAUUGAAGAAAUACGUAGUACAUUAGAAAAUUUAGAACGUUUACGUAAACAUGCUGAAACAGAACUUGAAGAAGCUCAAUCACGUGUUAGUGAAUUAACUAUACAAGUUAAUACAUUAACUAAUGAUAAACGUCGUCUUGAAGGUGAUAUUGGUGUAAUGCAAGCUGAUAUGGAUGAUGCUAUUAAUGCUAAACAGGCUUCUGAAGAUCGAGCAACUAGAUUAAAUAAUGAAGUAUUACGUUUAGCUGAUGAAUUACGUCAAGAACAAGAAAAUUAUAAACAUGCUGAAGCAUUAAGAAAACAAUUAGAAAUUGAAAUACGUGAAAUUACAGUUAAAUUAGAAGAAGCUGAAGCAUUUGCUACUCGUGAAGGUCGUCGUAUGGUACAAAAAUUACAGGCUCGAGUACGUGAACUUGAAUCAGAAUUCGAUGGUGAAUCAAGAAGAUGUAAAGAUGCAUUAGCUCAAGCACGUAAAUUUGAACGUCAAUAUAAAGAAUUACAAACACAAGCUGAAGAUGAUCGUCGUAUGGUAUUAGAACUUCAAGAUUUAUUAGAUAAAACUCAAAUGAAAAUGAAAGCCUAUAAACGUCAAUUGGAAGAAAUGGAAGAAGUAUCUCAAAUUACAAUGAAUAAAUAUCGUAAAGCACAACAACAAAUUGAAGAAGCUGAACAUCGUGCAGAUAUGGCUGAACGUACAGUGACUGUACGUCGUGUUGGUCCAGGUGGACGUGCUGUUUCUGUAGCACGUGAAUUAUCUGUCACAUCAAAUAGAGGAAUGAGAGCAACAAGUAUGAUGUAAAGCACUUAAAUAAUAAUAAUAAUAAUACUAUACACAUAUACAACUGCCUAUAUCUUUCUCUUUUUUCAUUUUCGUUUUCCUCAUCUUCGCUUCUUUUAGUCAUGAUAUUCAUCUAAAUGAGGAAAUUAUCAAUAAUGACCUAUGAUUAUUACUAUUAUUAUUCAAUGUGCUUUACUUUACUUCCCACCUUGAAACUCCUCGGUAUGUCGUUUCCCUUUUUCUUGGUUUUCUUUUUUUUUUUUAAAAAAAAUUCCUAAAAGUGAAAGACGAAAAAAAAGAAUAAAAACUAACUACUACUACUACUACUACUACUACUACUAAUAAACACUAUAAGAGCAUCCAUCAUUUGUUCAUAACUAGCUUACAAAUAAUCUAGGCAUGAAUUGUUCUUUUUUUUAAAAAUUUUUUCAUGGUUGAUAAUUAUUGUCUCUUGGAGACAACAACCACAGCAACAACCACAAUAGCAACAACAACAAUAAUGUUUCCCCUUCCCCACCCCUCCUGUUUACGAUCUAUGAUAUAAGCAUAAAAUAAGAAUGAAUUCCUAAUUGCUAUUUUCCUUUCAUUUUAAAUUUCGUUCCAAUAUAUAUAUAUAUAUAUAUAUGAACUGAUAGUGUAAUAAAAGAUGAUCAUGGAAGAUCGUCAUAUUCAAAGGAACUAUGUACUGGAUAACUCUAUUCUAUUGGGUUGAUUUUUUUUGGUUUUGUUUU